CAGUGGUUCCUUCUCUGUCUGCAUGGCAGCUUGAUUUGACUUGUGUGUGUGUAAAUGCUUCGAGGACGUGACACCAUGCCCCCGGGCGCCAUGUGGAGCCGGGCGAAGAACGUAUGCCAGCAGAACGGCCUCCUGAUCCUGUCCGUGCUGGCUGUGGUGGUCGGCUGCCUGCUGGGAUUCUUCCUACGUUCCAAACAUCUCUCUGAACAGGAGGUGAAGUACUUCCAGUUUCCCGGAGAGCUGCUCAUGAGGAUGCUGAAGAUGCUCAUCCUGCCUCUUGUUGUCUCCAGUUUGAUGUCCGGUCUGGCUGCACUGGACGCUAAAUGCUCGAGCCGCUUGGGCAUCAUGACUAUCUCCUACUACCUGUGGACCACCUUUGUAGCAGUAGUAGUGGGCAUCGUCCUAGUGAUCAUCAUCCACCCGGGUGGAGCGGCCCAGAAGGAGGACUCGGAGGAUGGAGGCAAGCCGAUCAUGAGCUCUGCGGACGCUCUGCUUGACCUCAUCCGCAACAUGUUUCCUGCCAACCUGGUCCAAGCUACCUUUCAACAGUACCGUAGCAGGAGUAUCCCCAUCUUAAAGCCAAAGCCCACCGUGAACCAGGACCUGACAGAGUCCACAACCAGACGCAUGCUUAUCUACGGCAUCCAGGACGACAAUGGCACAGACAUCCAGAGCUUCUCGUUGGACUUAACACCACCUCCAGAUGUGGUGUUCAGGACGCUACCUGGGACUAGUGAUGGCAUGAAUGUCCUGGGGAUUGUCAUCUUUUCAGCCACCAUGGGAAUCAUGCUGGGAAGAAUGGGACCCAAUGGCAGUGCGCUGGUCAACUUCUGCCAGAGUUUAAAUGAAGCAGUGUUGAAAAUUGUAGCCAUUGUUAUCUGGUAUUUCCCAUUUGGGAUCGUCUUUCUGGUGGCUGGAAAGAUCUUGGAGAUGGAUGACCCCUCUGCCAUGGGGAAGAAAUUAGGUUUCUAUGCUAUCACCGUGGUUAUCGGGCUGAUCGUCCACGGUCUCUUCAUCCUGCCCGCCAUGUACUUCUUUAUCACCAAGAAGAGCCCGAUUGUUUACAUCCGAGGCAUUCUGCAGGCUCUGCUUAUCUCACUGGCCACUUCUUCCAGCUCUGCCACGCUGCCCAUCACCUUUAAGUGCCUCCUGGAGAACAACCAUAUUGACCGACGUAUCAUCCGCUUUGUCUUACCCGUUGGAGCCACCAUCAACAUGGACGGUACAGCACUCUACGAGGCCGUGGCAGCGAUCUUCAUUGCUCAGGUCAACAACUAUGAGCUGGACUUUGGCCAGAUCAUCACCAUCAGCAUCACAGCCACAGCAGCCAGUAUCGGUGCAGCAGGGAUUCCUCAGGCUGGCUUGGUAACAAUGGUGAUCGUAUUAACCUCAGUGGGGCUUCCUACUGAUGACAUCACAUUGAUAAUCGCUGUGGAUUGGGCCCUGGACCGUUUCAGGACGAUGGUGAACGUCAUGGGAGAUGCACUGGCCACUGGGAUCAUGGCACACAUAUGCAGGAAAGACUUUAUGAAGGAGGGUGAAGAGAUUCCACUGAUCUGUGAAACUAAGCCCGGGUUAAGCGUCCAGAGGAUGACGUCCUACCAGAGCAAUGGCUGCUUCCAGGCUCCUCCGGUGUGCCCCGGGAGGCCUGAACAACUUUCUCCAGAUGUGGCUCGCCUUGUACAGCUGGAAGAAGGAAUCAGGCCGGAGAAGAAGCAUAGGAAGUCCACGCACCACGUCAAGAGGAAAGUACAGGAUCGAGAUCGAGACCACUGCACUAUCGACAUGAACAGCCUUGAAACCAAUGUCUAGACUCUAGAUCGUUCAGAUCUUGAGCACUUGAGGCAUGCGCAAGAGACAAGUGCUAGCCAUGUUAUUUUGUCUCUUGGCAUUCAAAAUCCUUCUGCUGAAAGGCUAGUGGAGGUUAGAAUGUGUGUGGAAACGUGAAACAGACCAUCUAGGUUUGAAAAGAAGAAGAAUCGAUCUGGACCUACCUCUGGAACUUUCUCGACUAUUGUUGCUCCUCACAAACACACAGCACAUGUCAGGUUCUUUCAGCUGGUUAUAGUAACCCACGCUGGGUACAAGAAUGAGUGGUCUGUGACAAUCCACUCGGUCAACAUGGAUGAUGAAGGAACUGUUAGAGCACACCACGUUCACUGCUUCAUCAUGGGCAGGACAUUUCAUACCCUGCUGACUUUAUUAUUUUGUAAAGUUUGCUCUUGAGUUUAUUAAGUAUAUUUGGCAUUAGGGAGACAGUUUCAUUUUCAAAACAUGUUGUGAAGGAUGUUCUGAAGAACCUUGAAAAUGCAAACUAGUUCAAGAAUUUUUCUCUGUUUUAUUUAUUGUGUAAACCCAGUUUUGUGGAGUUGGGUGGAUUUCUUUCAAUAAAUCGUU